AGGAAAACAAACGAGCUGCGACGGCAUCGUGACGGUUCAAAACAGUUCUAAACUGAAGCACCGCAACCCUAUUUACUUACGUUUGUCCAGGAAAAUCACAACCUCAAGAUGCCGAUCGAGAAUAUGGAAGAGCAAGGUUUGGAAAAGAACCCAAAUUUGGAGCUGCCUCAGAUAAAAUUCCUGCUGUCGAUGCGUGAAUACCAAAACAACAAGGAUCUGGCAGCCAAACUGUUGGAAGCAAUCGAGGCCGAGAAUAUGGCUCCUUUCUACGAGAUUGUCUGCAAGGAUCUUGGAUGGGCUGUGGACAACAAUCUUCUGCAGAAGAUGAAGACCAACAAUGCUGAAAAGCUCGCGCAGCUGGAUGCUGCCAUCGAAGAUGCUGAGCAGAACUUGGGCGAGAUGGAGGUCAGAGAAUCUAACCUGAGGAAAGCUGAAUUUCUCUGCAGAAUAGGUGACAAGGACUCAGCUUUAUCUGCCUUUAGGAAGACUUAUGAUAAGACAGUGUCUCUGGGCCAUCGGCUGGACAUUGUCUUUCACAAUAUCAGAAUUGGCCUCUUUUACAUCGACCAUGAUCUUAUCACCAAGAACAUUGAGAAGGCUAAAAGUUUGAUUGAGGAAGGUGGAGACUGGGAUCGGCGAAACCGACUUAAGGUUUACCAAGGCCUGUACAGCAUCGCCAUCCGCGACUUCAAAGCAGCUGCCACAUACUUUCUGGAUACAGUCUCAACCUUCACGUCCUAUGAGCUGAUGGACUACACAACCUUCGUCAGGUACACUGUCUACAUCGCCAUGAUUGCUUUGCCUAGAAACGAGCUCCGUGAUAAGAUCAUUAAAGGCUCUGAAAUUUUGGAGGUGUUGCACUCUCUGCCUGAUGUGAAGGAUUAUCUGUUUUCUCUAUACAGCUGCCACUAUGCUGAGUUCUUCAAGAGCCUGGCAAUUGUUGAAACUAAGUUAAGAGAAGACUACCUGAUUAACCCGCACUACAGCUACUACACGCGGGAGAUGCGUCUCUUGGCAUACAAGCAACUGUUGCAAUCCUACCGAAGCCUUACCCUACAGUACAUGGCCGACUCUUUUGGCGUUACUGUCGACUAUAUUGACAAGGAACUAUCCAGGUUCAUUGUCGCUGGUCGAUUGCACUGUAAGGUGGACAAGGUUGGAGGAAUUGUGGAGACUAACCGCCCUGACAACAAGAACUGGCAGUACCAGGGCACCAUCAAGCAAGGAGAUAUCCUGCUCAAUCGCGUGCAGAAGCUGUCCAGAGUCAUUAACAUUUAAAUUUGUAAUUCCGUUUUAUCGUAAUGAAUUAAUGCAAUUAAGUUAAUAAAGAUAAAUAAUUUUUCUCACCAUGA